AUGCUAAAUGGUAUGGCGACGCACUUGAGUGAUCGGCUCCUGUGGUUCGGCCUAGGAGUUACCCUCUUUUUCGCAUUCCGGGGCAUAACCUGGGAGCUCUCCCAGGUCAGGCACCUUACGGAAAUCAAAAAGGAAGAGAAAGAGGACCAACUCAUUGGAGAAGCUACGGAAGAUGGUAAUUAUGAUGUUGCAUCUCUACCUCUUUGGGACGCCUGGAACCUGACUCUCUGGAAAGCCCUGAAAAUAGAAUCGCUGUUGAAGCUUUCUGAAAGCUCCAGUUUCGAUUUAAGAGCUGCUGCGUUAAAAAUAAUAGCCGAACGAGCAACCAAAGGUCCCACGCGAGAUUUGCUCCUUGAGGAUCUGUCCAGCCGUGACCCACUCCUCCGGCGGCGAGCCUUAGAUGCACUACACUUUCUGAUCUUAAGCAGACCUUUGGCCCGCUCCAGCGCGUCUAGCAGAUUAAGGGAUCUAUCUACUUUUAAAAGUCUAGUCGGUUGUUUAUGCUACUUUCUAAAGGAACAUACUGAGAAGAUUGGCACCACUUCAUCUCCCAUACUUCCGCGAACCAGACCUCCGGGAGAGGAGAAGGCUUUACGCGUCCUCCUUGCCCUCUUACCAGAAAGCGUGCACACGGCCCUAGAAGCCGGGCUUGUGAGUCAGUGGCUAACAAGAUAUCCGUUCCCGUGUACUUUGCAAGAUGAUACGAGAAAACGUAAUGUUUUUUUGUUUAUGAAGACCUGGGGCUCCGAUGACCCCUUGAUGAGUAACAUUUUCAAUAUUCUAGCUACUCAUCAUGAAGGAGUAAGACAGCUCCGAAGAUACGGCCUAAUGGGAGCCAGAUUGGAAGAAGACGAGCUUGAUGCAUAUGAUUCUUCCGUUGAACGAAGCCGCUUCAGUAUUUUGGAAGGAGACGAUGACUGGGAGAGUGUUUGGGUGCCAGACGGAGCAGAUACAGGUGCUACCCAGGCCUGGGGCGGGAGACGUUUGCAGGAAGGCACCACAACAGAUCAAGAGCUGAGGCGUCGCCGGAGAGAAGUAAUGGUCUUUUCUGAAGGUGGCAGGCCCCUGGAUCAGGACAAUAUCAUUGAGCCAAUACAAAAUCGCGCCGUCUGGGGUCUAGACGAUCAAUUUAACGAGCUUCCCGGAAGGGUUUAGAAAUCUUGUGACUCUGAACAGAAGUCAGCAACCCGCGAACAGCGCAACGAGGGGAUAGAGCUGGGUUAUUUUCAUAUCAUAACGAUAUACCCAUGGCCAGAAAACAGCAAAAGUCUCGGGCAAGAAGAAUGUCAUAAGACACUUUUGUGGUUGAAUCCAUACUAAUUUGACAGUACAUACGAUGAAAUGAGGAUACGACGGCACGAGAAAUGCUAGAGAGGAUGGGUGUCACGCUUUAUGAAGUUGAAUUGUAUAUAACCGUCUCAUUAUAAUCCAAUCCAGCUUAGCUUUGCUAAAUG